UGGGUACAAGCAGUGCGACUAACAUCGAAAUAGUUGCGCUCGACUACAUAUUUUUGUCACGGUGAACAGAACCACCUCUUAGCAACUCGUUCAUAGCUGGAUAGUUUUUGGGUCAUGGCCCUUUUGCAAUCGUUACCCUCAAAAAUGAGCGUGUCGUCCAGAGCCUCUACACGCGUCCUCCCUUGGUUGAUCACCGUUUGUCCGUUGAUCCUUUUGUUCCAUCUCAGUGCAGCACUGCCCGUUCAAGACCUCAGAGUGGACCACGCUUUGGGACAAGCCUCGCAAUGGAAUGCACUGACUGGUAUUCAACGUCCAGAUGAUUUUUCAACCGAAGGCGUCUCUAGUCAACACUUCAUGCGAGAUGGCGCUUUACCCACUUCCAAUGUUCCAUUCAGCCAUUUCCGAAGCCAAAGUUCAAGACAACGGCGAUACUCACCCUUGAAAAAGGCUCUGGAUUCGACCAAUCACCCGGCCUCAAUUCCCCACGAAGGAGACGAUCUGAGUCGAUCGAAUCAGCAACCUCAAACUUUGUCGGAUUUGGUCUCCUUUCUGGACGCGGAUCGAGCCAAAGGACUCACUUUGGAGGAUCUGAGCAAUCUGGGCAUUACUGAAGAUGAUAUUAUUCGAGCGGCGCCCCAAGCUCAGAGCUCUCCCGAAUGGCGGACCACGGUAUUGAGCUAUCUUUUGAAUAUGAAGGCCAAAGGACACAAGAUUCAACCGGUUGACUUGACCAAGGAGGAACUGUUGGCUAAUCAGUCCAUUCGACCUGAAGACGAGCAGAAUGUGGUUUGCAAAGUGUCUCCUUACCGUGUGUGUUUCCACAUGGGUGAAGAUGGCAAGCUCCGGCCUUUGCGGAAGGCUCAUCAGCCCAUGAACAUUGUACGCGUCUACUAAAGUCGCCCCUAGACCGAUCAUUGGCCUCAUCACCCAAUACUAAAUAACCUAACUAGAGCAUAUAAUUUGAUUGUGUUGUUUCUUAAUCUACUCAUGUUAUUCUGCCUCAUCAAGAUGUCUGUUCCAGUGCAAAUAUUCAUUAAUACUUGCUCGUCAUGCCAAGAUUGAGCUCUUUUUCCACUUGUUACGCACUCAGCAAACAAUGCCUUUACGUUCUUCGAUUGUAAGAAAAAUCUAAUAAAAUGCCACCUCAUCUAUACGACCCAUUUUCAGCCAAGAGCUCUCAUUUACAAAGUCAAGGUAAAUACGUCAAAUGGCCUCUCCGAUCAAUUAAGUUUUAAUACUAUUUAGAAUAGACUGGCUUACGUCUGUUCUUGCCCCUAGCUG